CAUCAAAUAUAAACAAUGCCAGUGAUGCGACGUGUAGAAACAAGAGUGAUUGUUAAAGAACGAGCAUUUAAUGUUUUAUGUAAAUAGUUUCUAGAUGUGGUGAUAACGAUUCGAAAUGCAAUGUAUCUUGUUCUGUUGCUCGUGAUAAAUGUGUUGCAAUCAACAAUUAACUCCGAAAAUUUGUGUGUGAUAUAUUAAGAAAGAAACUCCAAGAAUGUCUGUCAGUGGUUCGGAGCUUAAAAGUGCAUUGAGGAAAACAGAAUUUCCUUUUUGCGCAAGAGAAGCUCUUUCUCGGGUUGCAAUGUUACUUCACUUCGUUCCAGAACAGUUAACACAGAAUACCGGUCGCCCGCCAAGUAUCAAACACUUAGAUCUAGCAAUGGAUUUGAUGGCUGAAUUCAUCUUCUGCGAAGUAGAAAGACGUGGAGGGAAAAGAAAGAAGCUGACCUGUAUCCAAGAACUACAGCUGUUGGAAGUAUUGUGUGAUUAUUUCUCAUUUCGAGGAGUCAACAAUGAUUCAACAUGUAACACUGUUUUCAUGUCCUUAUUCCCUCCGACAAAUAUGGAGAGAUGUCGAUUUCUGGCCAAACUUGUGUCUAUGGCAAUUUCAACAAAAAAUACUCCUGUACUAAGUGCAACAGGCAUAUGGAUGCAGCAACUUGGAUGCACUUCUAAAGUCAGUAUGGAGCUCGUGCGGGGACUGGUGAAAGAUUAUUUUGUGCUGGUCCCAAAAGCAGUAAGUGUGCUACAAGAUUUGCCCCAGCUGGCGCCACACUUUACAGCCAAUUUUCUGACAGCUGUAGCAGAUAUGUAUGGCUCCGAAGAUAAGAAGAAUGUUACAAAUCCUCCACCAAAUGCUCUUUUGGAAAUUAUUACGCGGUGGAUUGCUGAAAAUCCUACUCUGUGUGCAGCUGCUUUAAAUGCGGCACCAAUGGUUGUUACUUCAGUUGGGGCUCAUUCAACACCUGUAACGCCGUUUGUUGGUCUUUUCAAGUGGUGUAUUUUGGCUCCAGUCCUAGGGUGGGAGGAAGACAGUACUCAUCAAUAUUGGCGGCUACAGUUGGCCCUCCUGGAAAGUACAUUGGAGCAGCCUUGUGAGGGUGCAGUGUCAGCAAGACAUUUGGGCCAAAUGCUGAUAACACCACUGCUUUCUGCUUCAUGCCACAGUAGGAACAGGAAAUGUCAACAACUAGCUCUUGAUAGGUUAGCGCAGGCAAUCCAGGUCCUAAUGGCACAAAAUGCAAUUGUGGGAAACACACAAGAACUUCUCUCACAACUUGAAUUAUUGCCAGAAAAUAGGCUCCUUAGUCUUGUCAUCAAGAAACAUAAAGUGAUAACAAUAGUGUAAACACAGCUAAGAUGAACAAACUGAGCAUUUGAUUGACUGGUGUGUCAUAACAGCAAAAUAGUGUGCAAAAAUAAUAGCAAGUAGCUGUACAGGAAUCAUUAGAAUACAGUUCAUUGCCAUUGUGGAAGUCUUACCAAAGUUCCUCUCUUGCAUUAUAUUUUCCAUAUUUUGCUGUUUUACUGAAGUAACUGCAGAGUCUUAUAUCGUGUUGUCAUUGUCAAUUUUGUUUUGAGUCAUAAGCUCAAAAUUUGUAUCUCAUUAUUUUGUUAUGUAAAAUAUACAUUUACUAAAUUGUUAUAA